CAGGCCUCCGGCAGCAGGUGUGGAGCCCCCGAGGGCUCCGGACCCGGAGGGACCGAGGGGCAUGGACGGGAGCCGAGGUCCAGGCGUCACACCUCCAUCAGCCGGGAGAUGGCAGCCACGGGGGACAGGCAGGAGCCCCCUCGCAUCCCGCCCCCUGUCCGUCUCGAGCCACCAGGGACGCCUGGAACCCACCACCAGGAGGCGCCGCCUCACUUCCACAGCCACCAGCACGAUCCUGAGGUGCUCUCGCAGCCCCCGUGGGAGAAGGGUCUGGUGGACCUGCAUGUCCAAGACGUGGAGGAGGUCCAGGUGGGCAGGGACGCCUGCUGGCCAGGUGAGUGAGGGAAGCUGCCCGCCAGCCGCGUGCAGGCUCUGCAGCCUCAGCUUCAGGCAC